AUGCGGAACUUCAAUUGGGCUCUGCUAGGCCUGGCCAUUGUGCCCCAAGCCCUAGCAGGCGAUACCCUGUCCACGAGCGGAUUCAACCUGUGCAUGACCGACUCGGCAAUCAACGUCCAAAAGCUUGAUGUCACCUACACUCGUUCCACCGGAAUUGUUGUCUUCGAUGUGGCUGGUACCAAUGAGAAGGAACAGAAUGUGCAGGCCGCCAUCACGGUGACGGCCUAUGGAAACGAACUUUACAGCAAAGAAUUCGAUCCCUGCGGCGACGAGGUUCAUGUUCCACAACUGUGCCCUGUUCCCAAAGGCACUUUCAAGGCCAGUGGGUCUAUGGAGAUUCCCGCGGAAUAUGCUAAGGAAAUCCCUGGCAUUGCAUUCAAGAUCCCUGACUUGGAUGGUGAGGCAAAGCUUGUCCUCAAAUCCAAGGACAGCAAGAAGAGUGUCGCAUGCAUUCAAUCCGGCCUGACCAACGGCCACUCUGCCAGCCAUCCAGCAGUCAAAUAUGUAUCUGCUGGUAUUGCGGCAGGCGCUCUGGCGAUGAGCGGUGUUUCCGCCGCUGGCUCGGCGGGUACCGCAGGAACACCUUCAGCAAGCCCUGGACUUGGCGAUGUAAUGGGCGCGUUCCAUACCAUCGCCACCAGCGGUAUGCUCAGUGUCUCUUAUCCUCCCAUCUAUCGCAGCUUUUCCUCGAACUUCAUGUGGAGUACCGGUUUGAUUCCUUGGGCUGGUAUGCAGCAAUCUAUCGACAACUUCCGAAAGGCCACUGGUGGUAACUUGACGACCGAGAGUUAUGAAUACCUAAGAAACGCCUCCUUGGCGCAAAGAGGCUCCUCCGGUGACACAGCGAAGCGCAGCUGGGAUUACACCAUGGAAUUUGGUCGAAUGGUUGCUCGUUCGGAUGACAGUUCAGACAGCGAGGAAACCGACAACAGAAGCACCGUGGAGAAGGCGAAGGAUUUUGGUCAGGAGCUUAUGGUUCCUUCGGCCAAUGUCUUCAUGACUGUUCUCUUGAUCUUUGCCAUCGUCAUCGCCGUGGUUGUCGUCGGAAUCCUGUUAGUCAAGGUUGUUCUGGAAGUGUGGGCGCUGUAUGGAAGCUUCCCCAAUAAGCUGUCCGACUUCCGAAAAGAUUACUGGGGCCUCAUGGCUCGGACAAUCACCAACAUGAUCCUCGUGCUCUACAGCAUCUGGGUGCUGUAUUGUGUUUAUCAACUCAAGAAGGGUGACUCGUGGGCAGCAAAACUGCUGGCUGCCAUUACCCUUUCGAUCUUCACCGCAGUUCUUCUGUUCUUCGCUAUUCGCAUCGUCUACAUGGCCCGCAAGUACAAGCGAGCGGAGGGAGACAUUGACAGCCUGUACGAGGACAAGGAAACCUGGAAAAAGUACAGUCUCUUCUACGAUAACUACAAGAAGGACUUCUGGUGGCUCUUCAUCCCCGUCAUCGUGUACGCAUUGGUCAAGGGCUGCAUCAUUGCCGGCGGCGAGGGCCACGGCCUGUUCCAAAGCGCCGGUCAGCUCGCCUGCGAGAUUCUUCUUCUUGGUCUUUUGGUAUGGAGUCGCCCGUACGCCACCAAGGCCUCAAUGGGCAUCAACAUUGCCGUCCAAGUUGUCCGCGUACUGUCCAUUGCUUGCGUCCUGGUCUUCGUUGAAGAACUUGGUUUCUCCUCAACCACGAAGACCGUCACUGGAACCGUUCUCAUCGCUGUGCAGUCUACUCUCACAGCAGUUCUUGCCAUCCUCAUCGCAGUCAACGCCAUCAUCAACUGCUGCCGUGAGAACCCUCAUGAGAAGCGGAGGAGAGAAGCUGAAAAAGCAAACCGUGAUCUCGAUGACCUCACCCCCUUGGACGCCCGAGACUCCCUUCUCAUGGACCACCCACCGCGCGAGAAAUACUCGGAUAUGAGCAACUUCAACUUCACCGGUCCCUACGAGCCAUACCGAGACCAUGCCGGGCGGCCCGACUCAGCCGGCAGCAACGAUCGCCAAAACCUAGUCCGGAACGACUAUGGAGUGGCACACGGACGUAGCUCAAGUCCCGACAGCCAGCAUUCACGAAGCUCAAUUGAGGGCCGCAAGCCCACAACUGCGGGCUACGGGAUGGCAUAUUAA